AUGGAGAGAACUCUGGGAAAGAAUGCUACUGAGUUCCUAAAGACCGCUGUCUUCCAAAUAAUAACAGGGUCUAAUGACAUCUUGAACUACUUCGAGCCAUCCGUAUAUUUCUUUGGAGAUAAGAAGCUCGCCCCAACAGCUCUUCAGGACAUAUUGGUCUCCAACUUAACUCUGCAUCUAAAGAGAUUGCAUGAGCUCGGGGCAAGAAAGUUUCUAGUCAUUGGGUUAGGACCUAUUGGAUGCAUACCGUAUCUUCGAGUAAUAAAGUUGGUGAAAAAAGGGGAGUGCUUAUCAGCUGCAAACACACUAAUCCAAGGUUACAACAUGAAGUUGAUUAGGGCAAUCAACAAGCUAAAUGAAGAUCUGGGUCCUGAAUCUGUAUUUGUAUAUGCGAAUACCUACGACAUUUUCCUAGAUAUAAUUCAAGACUAUCACAAAUACGGAUUUGAAAAUCCAUAUGAUCCUUGUUGUGGCCUAAGCUUUCCUCCUCUCUGCCUCAGAGUCCGUGAUGGCAACUCCAGCACCAUCCUCUGCAAAGAUAGAAACAAGUAUGUGUUUUGGGAUGCAUAUCACCCAACUGAAGCCGCUAACAUUAUCAUUGCAAAGAAAUUAAUUGCUGGCGAUGCAAAUGCAACUUCCUUCAACCUACGAAGGUUGUAUAGUGGUUAA